UGAUGGUCAUGGCUCCCAGCCUGCAGGCCAAUCUGCAGGUCUGUCAGCUGAUCGAGGCUCGGAAGGGAUUAAUUACCACAACAUUGCCAUCAGGCUUUUUUCGCCCGUGGACCAAUUACAUAACUGUGUUAUACAAUAAAUACAUCCCCACUAAAUUGUUAUCAGGGACACACACCAGGAAGACUCCCGGGACGCAGCAGAAGGAAGCUCACGCGCCCUCUCAGCGCGCAGUGUCCCCACGUGCCCCCGCGGGGUCGCGUUUCUCCACUUCUCCUUCCUCCUCCUCCGUCUCCUCCUCUUCCUUCUCAUCUCUGAUGCGAUUGGGGAAAUAACAAAUUCAAGGUCCAACGGGAGUCUUGAGAUUCCACAAACGACACCCACUCGCGCUUGCGUCGCACUUCUUGGACUAGAAAGUAAACCUGCCCCGGCCCAGUUUUGCCUGCAUCCAGACGGGACUUUCAUGGAAAGUGGAGGAAGCAUCCGUCGCUAGAAAUUGUUUUUAAUGCGUCCGACGAUGGUUCUCCAAAGGGUUUUUCGUGCUGUCAUCAUGGGACCUCCGGGUUCGGGGAAAGGAACGAUAUCCGGACGCAUAACCAAAACUUUUGGACUCAAACACAUUUCCAGUGGGGACAUUUUGAGAGCCAACAUCGACGCUAAAACCGAGCUCGGCCUGUUAAUGAAGGCCUGUAUUGAUCAGGGUCAGCUGGUACCGGAUGACGUCAUGUCUCGUCUUAUCCUGAGCGACCUGAGGGCAGUGGGCCAGAGCAGCUGGCUGCUUGACGGUUUCCCUCGUACAAUAGUCCAGGCAGAGGCUUUGGACGAUGCCUACAGUGUGGACACGGCCGUCAACCUCAACGUGCCCUUCGAAAUCAUCAAACAGAGGUUGACUUCACGCUGGACUCACCUUCCCAGCGGCAGAGUCUACAACAUAGAUUUCAACCCACCCAAAGUUUCUGGUCUUGAUGAUGUGACAGGGGAGCCUCUGGUCCAGAGGGACGACGACACACCAGAGACUGUUACACGGAGGCUAAAUGCCUAUAAAACCCAGACAGAGCCCGUCUUAGAGUAUUACAGGAGUAAAGGUAUACUGGAGACAUUCACUGGCACAGAAACCAACAGGAUCUGGCCACACAUCGAGGACUUCCUCCACAGGAGACUCUCGUCUGCCAACCAGAGAGUCGCGUAGAGAGCCUGAGCAGAAGGGCAGCGAAGGGGUCAAAGUUCACCAGCAGAAACCAGUCGUCCACUCGAUGUGGCACUUUCAAUCAAAACACUCUGUGUGCUGUUAUACUUCAAGUGUCUGUAUUUAAGGAGCAGGCUCAGAGUUUAUGAUGGGCAGCUAUAGCAGGACUUCACCUGAUUGAUGAUGGUUGGCACAUUCUCAGGAUGAUCAGGUUCCUGUUUAUAAUGUGCCUUUGAUGAAGUCAAGAUUCACUGACAUGAAGAGACUUUAUUGGCACGUCCUCUCUGGCAAAUCCAGCAACUAAAGAAGCAAGUUUAGAGAUCUGAUUUUACCCUUUAUAGGUUUUCUUAUUGCUAAUCAUGACUUAUUUCCAGAGGUUUUAGUAUUAAUCUGCUUUUAUGUUGUGGAUAUCUAACCUUAAGGUAAAUGUGCUUUUAAAAUGACUGUAAAUCACAUAUUGCACUCAAAUGCCUUUCGCUGCUUUUAAACAUAUCACUAACAUUAGUGAAUGUAGUUUGUUAAUUCUUUUUUUUCUAAAUUACAACCACUGAUUGAAUAAUGUGAGAAGUGAUUACACAUUUGAUAUUUUACAUUUUGAAUUCAGCCUUCAUUGUGUAGCGUUGUCUUUUAUCCACCUACAGGCCUAAUGGUGUUGCUUUUCAUAAAUGCCAGUUUCCACUUUUAUAAGAUUUUAUACUGAUAUUUAAUGUAACGUCACAACCGAAAGUCGAUUAAAAAUAUACUAGCUUGAAACAUUUAAAGUGUAUAAAUCUGUUACAGUAAACGACCGCAUUCACUCAAGGUCAGUUUGCAGUGUCCUGAACUUAACCAGUAGGCAUCACUCGUCUUAUAACUGGGGCCUACAUCACCCAUGAUGCAACCUGACAGCCAGAGAUUUUCUUCUAAUCUGAAACCAGUUCAUGUUAAACAGCAUUAAGUACACAUCUGAAAAGAACCGCAGCAGUUCACAACAAGACACAGCAUCAUCAGUGUUCGGAGACUACAGCUUUUUAGAAACCUGGGCGAAAGGAGGAAGUUCACCUUCCAACUGAAAACAUGAUUUACAGCAGGAAGUCAUGACGCCAGAGACACUGGUCACAGGUUUACAUCACUUCAAGCCCAACAGUAAAUUGCAUAGUUGUCACUGUAGAUAAAAAGAAAAAAAAAACUUAAAUACAGCACAUCGUUUUAUGUUCAUUGCCAACAAAACAUUGUGUGUUAAAGUAUUUCUACAGUUGUGCAGAGCAGAAGUAAAUGUGUCAAGUAGUGACUCAAAGGUGAAAUGAUUGUAGUAGAACCAAUAACAUUUAACACAACAGAUACAUGAACUGUACUUAAUGCAGCAUAAGCUGUUUCUAAUUCCUCAGUCUGCAAAAAUACAUGGUUGGUAGAUUCAUGGAGCAGAUUUUUACAGACUGCUGCAGAGAGAUAUUCAGACGGCUCCCUUCAAUACUGGAUAACGAAGAACACAAAGAUUGCAAAGUGUAAAAAAAAAAAAAAAAAAAAAAGGAAA